ACCCGGAAGCUUCACGUUCUCCACGCGCUUCAGAGCUCAGAGUCCUUCCUGUUUAACAAAUUUCAAGGAAGCAGCAGCGACGACUGGACAGUCGCGUACACUGGUGGAUGCUUCUUAGUGAUCUUUGGGAAGGGGGCACCAAUGCGCUCUCACCUUGCUGCCAUACCUGAGCUGUACAUAUUGUGGAUCGCUAUGGCCCAGAUAGCUGGCCAGGAGGACAGAGAGAAAACUACUGCACUCAAAGAUUUGCUGUCGAGAAUAGACUUGGAUGAACUGAUGAAGAAAGAUGAACCUCCUUUCUCUUUCCCCAAAACACUGGAGGAGUUUGAAUAUGCUUUCAAUGAAUAUGGCCAGCUCAGACAUAUAAAAACCGGAGAGCCCUUUGUGUUCAAUGCCAGAGAGGAUCUCCACCGCUGGAACCAGAAACGCUACGAAGCUCUUGGAGAGAUCAUCACUCAGUAUGUUUAUGAGCUUUUGGAGAAAAAGUGCAACAUGACUAAAGCGAUCCUGCCAGUGGAUGCUACAGAAGAUGAAGCCACCAGUUUUAUCUACUUGAGCCCAGAUGCCUUAUCCAACCCUUCGAAGCUGCUGGUGCUGAUCCAGGGCAGUGGUGUGGUGCGCGCCGGUCAGUGGGCCCGUAGACUCAUCAUCAACCAGGACCUGGACUCGGGGACACAAAUCCCCUUCAUCACCAGAGCCAUAGAGGAGGGCUACGGAGUGAUGGUGCUCAACCCCAAUGAGAACUACCUGGAGGUGGAGAAACCAGCCAUGUUCUCCCCUCUGCCCUCUCCUACUGAACCGCCCGACGAGCCCGCUGAAAAGAGGGAACGCAAAGAUGACAAAGAGGGCAAAAAGAAGAGGGAAUUUUAUGAGAAGUACCGUAACCCACAGAAGGAGACGGAGACGGAACGGAUUCCUGUCCGGGAAAACGGUUCCUCGGAGGAACACGUGCUGUACGUGUGGGACCACUUUGUGUCCAGAGCCGCAGCCAAGAACGUUUUCAUCGUGGCCCACAGCUACGGAGGGCUGUCUUUCGUUGAGCUGAUGAAUCAGAGGGAAAUGCAGGUGAAGAACAGAGCGUGCGCUGUGGCUCUGACGGACUCUGCUCACAACAUCUGGCUACAGGAGACCAGCAAAGGCACGCAGGACUGGAUGCAGCAGCACUGUUGUAACUGGGUGUCAAGUCCAGAGCCCCUGGACACACUGCUGGAUCCCAUGCUGCCGGACUGCCCCCGAGUCUCCGCAGGCACAGAGCGUCAUGAGCUGACCUCCUGGAUGAGUUUCAACUCCAUCUUCAGGUUCUUCACUGCAGUCCUGGAGGCGAAAGAGGACGAGGAGGUGGUGGAGACCUCCAACAUUGUCACCACACGCAGCAGCUCCCUCAAAAACAAACACCAAGAUUUGUAGAGGACUGAUAAAAAUGACUGAAGGUGGUUGCAACGGAUCGAAGGGGUGAAUGCAAAAAGGAUCCUCUCUGCUGUUUCCCCCCCCCCUCUCUAACCACCCUGCAUCUUUGACUUCUUAUUGUUCUCCCCAAGUGUCAUUACACCCUUCCAGCCUUCCCUAGCCGUGCACACACACACACACACACACACACACACACACACACAGCCUUGUUGUGGUAAGAGACAAGUGUGCAGGGUCGCCAUGUAUACAUCAAAAUAACGUUUUGCAUUACUUCUAGAUGAGUGCAACUCUCAAAGCAAUACGGGGCCCGAGUGUUAGCGCUUCCCGCGGGCCGAGGCCCGGCUGCGGGCCGCGGCAACAGAGAUUAAGGCUGACAGGCGCGGUGCACAACGCGCUGCGGCGCGCCCUCUAAUUGUCCUGACGUCCGCCUGAACUGAGCUAAUGCCCCGCCUGCCCUCCAGUCUGCACCGCUCAGCCUCUCCCUCUUCCCCCCGCCCCCCCCCCCCCUGGUGCUAAGGCCUGGGCUUCGUACACCAACAUCAUCUCUUGCUGUACGUAACGGAAUCCUCUGCUCAGGUUCAAUUUCAUUUCGAUCUGAUUAAAAGAAGAAGAAAAAAAGCCCUUACCUGCCGCAAAGGUUUGCGAAGAUACACAUUCUUAACUGUCGACGAUUGGUUUUGGUUUUAAGAAAAGGGAGUUGUUCUCACAACAAUCUUUUAGUCUGAACUUUCCUCAUUCAGCUGUGUAAAAUAUGGUUCGUAUAUACAGACAUUUCUGGAAUUGCAGUGCUUGAAAUAAGAAACUAUUUUUUUUUCUAAUAAUAAGCCAAUACUUAGUUUUAGGUAUUUAGAAUGAUUUGCAAAACUGUGGAGAGUCCAUCUCUCUCCGGUUAUUAUAAAUAUUAGUUUUUUGUUUCCAUAUGAUAUCCCUGGUAUUGGUGUCCUCACAUGAGUAAAUGUGAUGAAACAAAUAAUAAAAAACACACAACCUGUGCUGAAUAUGGAAAAUGCAGGACCCUGAGCACAUUUAAAAUUACUUAAAGUCAAGCAUCAAAAUGGGUUUGAGGGAUUUCUCAUUUUAACAGGAGCCAGAAGUCAGACGACACUCAUAAAGCCUCAAUAUAUCGCCUUACACGUGUCAGGAAAUCCAAGAUUUCAAUAUUAUUCUAAGCCUGAAUGAUAUUUCUUUAGAUGUUUGAAAAAUGUAACAUAUCUAUUUUUUCCUCCCACCAAAGCACUCUUAGAAGUGACAAAGUCAGCUCCCUGCUCAGCUGCACAUAAUCUGUCUAUGUGACACAAACAUGAUAUAAAUGUUCCGCAAGCCUGGUGUGCUUUAUAAACCACUCAAGGCUUAAUGGAAUAUAUUUCUAAUGUGUCGUGACAUUAGUAAAACCUCCAGCCGGAUUCUAAAUCUUAUGAUACCUCAGACACAUUCUCAAAUUUGGACCUUUUCUUUUCGCACUUGGAAUAGCUACCAUUGGUUAACUUUUACACUGUGAAACCCUACCUCUCCUGUCCACUGUGUGCAUGGUUUAAGGCUUUUGUGGAUUAUCUUUCCGCUGUAAUGAGACAACCGCGGCUGAUGGUUGCAGGCCUAAUUUGCUUUUAAUUUGAUUCACAUCUCUCCAGGUUUCCGCUAAGAAGUUUGCUUAUUAUUUGAUUUGAUGAGUUUAGUUUAGAGAUACCAUUGCUCAUCUUUCGGCUACAAUCAGUUCAUUUUUCUCUGCAUAGUUUGUAUAUUGUUGCCUUAGGAAUAAACAAGACUUUGUUCACUGUUUUGAUAAUAUCCAGCAAGCCGUGUGUAAAUGGAACUAAAGAUGUAAGAGCAGCCCAGAUCCAAAUGAAAGGGGACUCAUUUUGUCAAUUACUCUCAAGGUCUUUAUACAGAUGAUGUAAAUGCAAUAUUGUCUAAGGAACAGUGCUGUUUUGUUUUAUGGCAAGUUUUGGAUUUCAUGAAACCAAGAGUGUACAUGCCUCCAAGUCAUAUAUUUUUGUUAUCUCUGUCUCGAGGAAACGCUCUUGAUUUUAAACUGAUCUUUGCAUGAUCCUGUUUUAAAGUGCUUUAGAGUGUCCUAAAAUGAUUUUAAAAUUGAUUUUAGUUUUUUUUUUUUU